UUCCGGUAAUUUCUCAAUUCGUCCAGCAGGGGACGCGCUAUGCUGCGCCGAAAUGGAAUCUUGGAUUGAAGAUUUUCGGUCCCAUUCGUGCUUCUUCUCCCCCCCUCAGCAUUCGUCGCCAACAUUCGCCAUAAAAAGCCACAAUUUGCCACUGCUGCUAUGAGCACGACCGUGCAGGCCGCGCAUUGAAUGACAUUUGGAGCUUAAAGAGAGGAAAAAAGGAGGGGGACCCCCACCCCCACCACCACCACCUCGUCUCGCUGAGGCUUGAUGUCGACACGAGGUCCAACCAUGAGCGUGUUCCCGCCCGUUCGCAAGGACCGCGUCAUCCCGCAGCUGCCUCACUGCUUCUGCGAGGACGCCGCGCUCCACGUCGAGCGCGACUUCGACCCCAAAGUGAAGGCGGCGUGCCAGGAGCGGCGCACCGGCACGGUCGGGUUUAAAAUCUCCAAGGUGAUCGUGGUGGGCGACUUGGCCGUGGGCAAAACCUGUCUGAUUAACAGGUUUUGCAAGGACGCGUUUGACAAGAACUACAAGGCCACCAUCGGCGUGGACUUUGAGAUGGAGCGCUUCGAGGUGCUCGGUGUUCCUUUCAGCCUGCAGCUGUGGGAUACGGCGGGUCAGGAGAGGUUCAAGUGUAUCGCGUCCACGUACUACAGAGGAGCUCAGGUCGUGAUUAUCGUGUUCGACGUUACCGACGUGAAGUCUUUGGAACACAGCAGGCAAUGGCUCGAAGACGCCCUGCGAGAGAACGACCCCACGGCGGUCCAGCUGUUCCUGGUCGGCACCAAGAAAGACAUGAGCUCUCCUGCCCAGUACUCUCUGAUUGAACAGGACGCCCUCCAGGUGGCGCAGGAGAUGCGGGCAGAGUAUUGGACGCUGUCGUCGCUCACAGGGGAGAACGUGAAGGAGUUCUUCUUCCGGGUGGCGUCGCUGGCAUUCGAAAUCAACGUUCUCGCCGAGCUGGAGAAGAGCGGAACGAGGCAAAUAGGCAACAUAAUCAAAAUCCAGAGCAACAGCAGCAACCUGUACGCCAAGUCCAAGAAGAAGCAGCAGCCGGCCUGCUGUCAGUGACGCCGCGUUCAAAGGCAGACGCUUCGCAAGCUGCGGGGAACGCAGGAGCGAGGCGCGCUCACAUUUUCCCGGCCCCAAGACCCCUUUUCCUCACGCCGCGAGUUCACGCGCGCGUGGGGAGUUUGAAUAUCAUAUUUUCAGCCCGUCGAGUGCCAUUUUAGCCAAUCGCAAGCCUGAAAAAGCAACAAGAACUGCCUUUAACCCAAUAGAGUGAGGCGAUCUCGGGAGCGGUCGUUGACUUUCUCCGGUCCAAAUUGGGAAAAAUGAGUUCCCCGUUUCGAUUGACGUUAAAAAUUCCGAGCGCGCCUAAAUGCAGCACACGAACCAAGUGGCAUUCUUCUCUUCUCUUAUUGGUCACAAGGAAGUCAACAGGAAAAGGUUUAUCCUGACUCGUUUGCGAAACGUGGAACAACAUGACCAUUCUUGUAAGAGUACUGUGUUUUUCCUGAUUAUUUAAAGUGUCAAGUUUUUUUUUCUAAAAAAAUAAUACUACAAAAAUACAAACCCCAAAAAACACAUCUCGAAAACUUGAAUAUACUUGUGUGCUACUUUUUCCCUUGAAAAAAAAAAACCUAAAUGUUGAACAUUUUCUUUUUUCAAGAAAAACAUUACUACUAUUUCCCAAAAAAAAAAAAAAAAAAAGAUAAAGAAACUUAGUUUUUCUAUUUAGUAGAUUGCUUUAAAAACAGACUUUCUAAAAAGAAAAAUACUUUAUUGGUGUAUUUGUUUUUUUUGUUUUGUUUUUAUAUAAAUGCUCAAAAAAUGUACUUAUUAAAAAAAAAGUAUUUCAUCAUGACCAGUAAGAGGCGGGGACGUCACUCGUUUGGUUUGUUGUGAUGCAUUCAGGUACCCAUGGAAUUGUCUUAUUUUCCCGCUAACCAAACCAGUGCGAACGCGGACAUCCCGAGACAAUAUUCGAAGGAAAUGCACAAAAUAACGCUGACAACUUCUGCCGGCACAAACAACAAUUGAAGUCGACCAUCCAAGAUUUGUUCCCCCCGAGUGUUCCUUUUGGGUGACGACGUAGAUCACAGUUUACAUGUGAACAAAAUGCGUAGAAAAAGGGUACUUUUUGAAAUAUACACUGCUUGCUUGCGUUCACAUGAGAGAGGCUCGAUGCGAGGUGGAAAUUGAGACAGAGUCAACAUGAUCAUUGAGGGACUGGCUCGUGAACAAAUAUCGCAUAUACAAAGUAAAGCCACUAUUUACCUGCUUUUUUUUGUUCCUCCAUUUUUAUUUUUGAAAGGUUUGCCGUAUGACGUCGUAAAAGGGACGCGGUAACUUUAUGGAGUGAGCUAAACCUAACGUGCUCUUUUGUUGCCAAUGAGUGUUAAAAACGGAACACGUUUUGAAAUGUUCCCACGUAUUAAUAGCAUGAUUACAUGACGUUCAAUAAAAUGUUUUCUUUGAAAGGAA